CUGCAUAUUACUAUCAUGGUUUGAUCCUUGAUGAGGGUAACACUGAAAAAUUUCAUGGGAUGGCUGUAGCUGCUUUGCAAGCAGCAGAUGAGUAUUUCAAAGAAAGUAAGAAGGCAUGCGAAGCAUUUAACGCUGCUCCCCCUUUGUCAAGAAAUCCACCGCUCUGGGGAACCAUGAAGUAUCUAUCUGAGAAAAUUCCAAAAGAUGCUUCAAGCAAAGUGCGGAUAAAACGUGAUCUGUACUCACACGAAAAAAUCAUGGAGAUAGCACCAACAUUGCCCAAUUUCGCAUUGGCCUUGAAACCAGAGAAAUUCCAACGUCCUCCAGUAGACCCCUCUUGGAACAUGGAGCACAUGAAUAAGGGCACCAACCAGCUUAGGAAUGACAAAAUAUAAGCAAUACAUGAGUGUAGUUUUCUGCAUUCGAUUAGGCCCCAUGUUGUAGUUUUUUCUUUUUUGUU